AUGCGUCGCACCGGGCGUCCGCCGCCGAGGGAGCUCGUCAUUGGUGAGGGGGAUGAGGGGGGUGAGGGGGGUGAGCGGGGUGAGGGGGGUGAGGGGGGUGAGUGGGGUGAGGGGGGUGAGUGGGGUGAGUGGGGUGAGGGGGGUGAGUGGGGUGAGUGGGGUGAGGGGGGUGAGUGGGGUGAGGGGGGUGAGUGGGGUGAGUGGGGUGAGGGGGUGAGGGGGGUGAGUGGGGAUGAGGUUCUGCUCUUGGUGCUGCCGUUUGUCACACUGCUUCGGUCCGCUGCUGCUGUUACAAGUAUGUUAUCACCCUCCCUUGCCCCUCUUCCUCCAGCCUCCCUUGCCGCUCUUCCUCCACCCUCCCUUGCCGCUCUUCCUCCUCCCUCCCUUGCCGCUCUUCCUCCACCCUCCCUUGCCCCUCUUCCUCCACCCUUCCUUGCCGCUCGCCCCACCUUCCCUCUCUCCCCGCCCUCUUUUGCCGCUCUCUCACCGGCCUGCUUCUGCUGUUACUAG